CGAUUCGAUCGCGAAGGGAAGGGAAGGGAAAGGGAAGGAAGCAAGGAAGGCGAGAGAGAGACCAAGCCUGCGCCCGGCGAAGGGGAUUGCCAGUGAUGUGGCCUCGAGCCAAUCUUAGUUUUGUUGCAUUGUGAUACUCAUUCGGAUGCUCUGCAAUCAGGGCGUGAGGGAUCGCGAUGUCUUCUUACCUCCACUGCAGGGGCGACAGAUAGAUAGAUCGGAGGGGAAGAGAUCGCUACGAGGAGUGUUUUGUUGAGAUUGUUUUUGUGUAAGUUGGCCUGGCCUGGCUUAGGGUUGCUUUGGUUUUCAGUGCGUUGAAGGGAAGCGCGUGGAGCAAGGUCGAGAGUGCUUUGAGCUUCGUGCCGCAAGCUUGGAGAAAGCCCUGUGAGCAGGACGAGUAGGGAGGAUGGAAGCGUCCCCUUCCUCCACUAGGUCUCCGCCGGAGGGGUCGCAGAAGAGUAUGAAAAAUCCUCGGAAUGUAGGUGCGAAUAUAGUGAAUCAUCAGUCGUCGGGGAACUCUUUUUCUUCGGAGAAUAGAACAGGUGCGGGUACCUCUCAGUAUGGCCAAAGCCUGGCGUCCGUGCUGAACAACCCGCGGCUCGGGAAGUCGGGAAUUUAUAAUCAGGACGCUUCCUGGGGGACGUGGUUGUUGCCUGCAUCCGGCGACCCCAAUGCGGAAGCGCUCCCUCCUCCAUUAGCACCGGGAGUGCUGCCUGACAUUACGAGAGCUAGUUUUCAACCCUACCUUGAUUCUGUUUCGGAAUCGUAUGGCCGGUUUUCGGACGUCCGGCGACAUGAAAAUCGGGAACAAAGCAAUCAGGCAGCUGCAUUUGCAGCAGAUAGAAAUGGAGAUAGCAGGUUGAAUGGAGAGCAGGGGGACGGCCUGCAGGCUUGUCUGCGUGAAAUUCCUUUUCUGUAUUUUGCGGAAGAUUUUGCGCUGGAGAAAGGGUCCACGUUUCAGUCGGCAUGCCCAUUUUCCACAAUCCCGCAGAAUAUGAUGCUGCAGGAGAAACUGUCUCACUACUUGGAUCUCGUAGAGUUCCAUCUCGUUAGGGAAAUUUCAGCCCGGUCUGAUUCUUUUUUUGAGGCUCUGGAUCAGCUGGAAGAUCUUAAUAGCAGAAUUGUAGGUGCGUGUGACCAGAUUUCGGAGCUACAAGGAACGGUACGCUUGCUGGAUAGUGACAUCGUAGAUUCUGCUAGACAUCUACAAGGCUUGCAAAUGCGCAGAAACGACAUGCUGGAUUUGUAUCAGAAAUUGAAGCUUCUCACUUAUGUCAAUCAAGCUAUGUCUACUCUGCGAUUGCUUGUAGCAGCUGGAGAUUGUUCAGGUACUCUGGAUGUUAUCGAUGAUUUACAACAAUUGCUGAGUGGGGACGAACUUGUUGGACUGCACUGCUUUAGACACCUCGGUGGACAGCUGAGCGUUGCUGUGGAGUCAGUGAACAGUGUUCUAGCGGAGGAUUUCGUACGAACAGUCAUCCAUCACUCUUCGGAUCUUGAAACUAGUGCUCUUCUGAGUAGAUUUACUGCAAGGGAGAAAGGUCUAGUUUCACUGACGACAGAGUUCGAGUCUUAUGAGACAUCAUUGGGUGCAGACGAAGAAGGAGGCUUACGCGACCAGCUUUUGCCUAUCGUAAUAGGCUUACUUAGAACUUCCAAGCUCUCUGCAGUUUUGAGGACAUACAAGGAUGCAUUAAUCAACAAUAUAAAGUCUACAAUUAAGACGGUGGUGGCGGAACUUCUCCCUAUAUUGUUCUCAAGGACACCUGAUGCUGGGGAGGCACCUUCUACAGAUCGACAAGCGGAUAUGGAUGUAGGAGGUGUGUCUCUUGCAUUCAAACUGCGGGCACUGACAGCCGAAAAUUUUGGACGUUUACUUGCUGCUGUGUUUGCUGCCGUUCAGUCCCGACUGGUGCGCGCUGCGAGAAUUCGGGUUGUCAUUGAGCAGAUUAUCGGAGGACUGCAAGGAAGUUAUGCAGCAGAAGCUGUGGCAGCAGCAUUUGCAUCUGGUGCUGCUGCAGCGGCGGCAGCUGAGACUGCACAGGAAGGGACCAUGGGUUCUUUCGGCUCCUUGUCCGGAGACUCAUCUGUAUUUAAUUAUGCACCUGCAAAGACGAGCGCCUCAUCGCCUGCAUCUAAUAUGUCGAAGCAAUUUCGAGCGGAUGUGUUGCUAGAGAACACUGAAGCAGUAUGUGCAGCGUGUGAUGCUGCACAUGGAAGAUGGGCUAAACUUCUUGGGGUGCGGGCACAUAUUCAUCCCAAACUGCGCCUGGAGGAGUUUGUUUUCAUCUACAAUAUCACUCAGGAAUUCAUAUCUGCAACUGAGAAAGUUGGAGGUCGAUUAGGCUACAGCAUACGUGGCACAUUACAGUCCCAAUCCAAGUCAUUUGUUGAUAAUCAGCAUAACAUACGGGUAUCGAAGAUAACAGCUAUAUUGGAGCAAGAAAAUUGGACUGCUGUUGAUGCGCCUGACGAGUUCCAAGCUAUUGUCGACAGGUUCACCGAGUUCGACACAUCUAGUAAUGGGUUUCCUACUGCUGCAGUCACCGUCUUUCGUACUGAUGCCUCUGAGCAAGCAGUUAAUCAACUCCCUGAAGCUGUUACUGUGGAGGCACCAGCUUCAGAUGAAAGUGCUCGUGCCCUAGAGGCAGACAAAGUCGACAGUGCAGUCAAAGACAAGGCUACUGGAGAAGCUGGUGACGGGCAAAGUGCAGCCGAGCAAGUCAACGGUGAAGGAGUACCGAAUGGAAAUGCAUCAAAGUCCACACCGUCACACACUCCACCAGUAGAUGCUACAGUGACGGAUUCAAGUGCUGGUCGGAGUAAGAAGACACGUGAAAGACCGCAUAUGAAAAGUAUCCAAAUACGAGGAUCUAGUUAUCAUUGUGUUAACUGUGGGCUUAUAUUGCUGAAGAUGAUUGCGGAAUACAUCAAUAUUAGCGACGCUCUUCCUGCACUGGCCACAGAAAUUGUCCAUCGUGUUGCUGAGAUUCUAAAACUGUUCAACUCCCGGUCGUGUCAACUUGUUCUUGGUGCUGGAGCUAUGCAGGUUGCUGGUUUGAAAUCCAUCACAGCGAAGCACUUGGCUUUGGCAAGUCAGACGAUCAGCCUUUUCUAUGCUCUUAUUCCAGAUGUGCGAAAGUUGUUGGCAGUGCAUAUUCCUGAUUCUCGCAAGGGUUUGCUUCUCACGGAAAUUGACCGAGUAAGACAGGAUUAUCGAGUACACAAGGAUGAAAUUCACUCAAAGUUGGUGGCUAUAAUGAAGGAUCGUCUGUUGACCGUGCACCUUCCCACUUUAUCACAAACUGUGGAAACCUGGAAUCGACCAGAUGAUGGUGACAAUCAAGCAAGUCCAUUUGCUAAGGGUUUGACAAAGGAAGUAGGUGUUCUUCAUAGAGUUUUGUCACCGCUCUUGCUGGAGCAGGACGUGCGCUCCAUAUUCACACGGAUAGUUUUACUGUUUCACUCUGUACUCGCCGAUGCAUAUUCGAAAGUGGACGCGAGCACUCCUCAAGCGAAGUCGAGAUUGUACAGGGACAUCCAAGUUAUUUUGACUUCUGUAAGAGGGCUACCGUCGGAUAAUGUGGGCUCAACUGGAGAGCAGAAGCCCGGAGAGCUUGAUGAACUCUUGGUGCAAAGAUUUGGAGCAGAACCACCAGCAGCAUGAUUAAGCGUAGCUUUACAGUAGGUACGUGGUAGCUUGAGGAAAUAUUAAUGUAGGCAGUACGUUUCAAUGGUUGAGGUGAUCAGAUAGGACGGUGGGACGGCUACAUUCUUCCUAGGUGCAGAAUGUGAAAUUCAUUUAACAAUAUUGUAUACUUAAAUUCUUUGAAUGCCACAUCUUGAUAGUUCUAAGGGACUGAGGGUUUGAUCAUAA